AUGGCGCGAGAUCUGAAAGUUCAAAGCCAUAUUUAUGUUCUUUAAGAUUGCAGGGUGCCCUGUAAGCUUUUGUUGGAGGACCUUCAGGCUUUGUGCCGAAGAAAAAAACUAGUUUGCAAGCAGCUAAGUGUGACAAAGAACAACUUUAAUGACUACGAAGUGGAGUAUCUGUGUAACUACAAAAAACACAAGGGUCGAGAGUUCUUCUUGGUGAAGUGGAAAGGCUACGCGGAGUCAGAAAACACUUGGGAGCCUCUUAAAAACCUUAAAUGCCCAAUACUGUUACACCAGUUCCGAAAAGACAUGAGGACAGCUCUGCUUCAGGCCAAUGAACCACUCGAUUCUGCAUCUUUGAGUGGCCCCAUCAUCUCCUUCCUCCGCCAAAAGGCCACACAGCGCAUUAGGCUUAAAAAAUGGGAAGACUUCAUGAACCAGACCUGCAGGCACAAGGGCCGCAUAUUUGUCUCAAAUGAGGUGGACCUGGAUGGACCUCCCAAAAACUUCACCUACAUUAAUGAGAAUAAGUUAGGGAAAGGAGUAGAUACGAAUGCAGUGAUAGUGGGCUGCGAGUGUGAAGACUGCAUCUCUCAGCCAGUUGAUGGCUGCUGUCCAGGGCUGCUGAAGGUUCGUAGGGCAUAUAAUGAGAGCAGGCAGGUGAAAGUGAUGCCCGGUGUACCCAUUUACGAGUGUAACUCCAAGUGCCGCUGUGGACCGGACUGUGCCAACAGGGUUGUGCAGAGAGGUAUUCAGUAUGACCUGUGCAUCUUCAAAACAGACAAUGGCAGAGGCUGGGGAGUGCGAACACUGCAGAGGAUUAAUAAAAACAGCUUUGUUAUGGAGUAUCUUGGAGAGAUCAUCACCACUGAUGAAGCUGAGCGGAGAGGAGAGCUGUACGAUAAGCAGGGCGUCACGUACCUGUUUGAUCUGGACUAUGUGGACGACGUCUACACCAUCGACGCGGCUCAUUAUGGAAACAUCUCUCACUUUGUCAACCACAGCUGUGAUCCAAACUUGCAGGUGUACAAUGUUUUUAUUGACAACUUGGAUGAGAGGCUUCCAAGAAUUGCUUUAUUUUCAAAACGAGGGAUCAAAGCAGGAGAAGAGCUCACCUUUGAUUACAAGAUGACCGUUGAUCCAGUAGAUGCAGAGAGUACAAAAAUGGAUUUAGACUUCAGUCGAGCUGGGAUUGAAGGAUCACCCAUCAAGCGGAUCCAUAUGGAGUGCAAAUGUGGUGUGAGGAACUGCCGGAAAUAUCUGUUUUAAUCCAGCUGUCAUAAAAGAGUUUUGU